AUGGCCGAGCCACCUGAGGAGGUUUCUGAGUUUGUCCUGGAUGCUCGCUAUGGCGAUGCAGAGGCAGUAGAGGCAGCUUUGGCCGCUGGCGUGGAGGUGAAUGCCAAGAGCCAUGGAGGGUCCACCGCACUACUAAUGGCCAGCGCCAACGGGCAUCUGGAAAUCGUGCGCCGGUUGCUGGAUGCGAGAGCAUCCCCAGAUCUGGUGAAUGAUGCUGGCAACUGCCCCUUGCACUGGGCUUGCCUGAACGGUCAUUUAGAAGUGGUGAAGGCAUUGGUUGCGACACGUGCGAACCCCAACGUCUACAAUGACUUCAAGAAAAGGCCAUUUGAUGAGGCGUUCAGCAAGAGCCACACCGAGAUCUGCGAGGCGCUCGCGGCGGUGACGCGCUUUGAGGACGAUGCGGCUGCGGCGGAGGAGGAAACGGAUAGAAUUCAGCAGGAGCGAAGCGAUUCUGCGGUGAUUUUGGGCAUUGGGAAUCCGUUGCUGGAUAUCUCCGCUGAAGUCUCGCAGGAGACCUUGGACCGCUACGGCUUGGUGCGCGGCAACGCCGUGCUGGCGGAGGCCAAACACGAGGCGCUCUACGAGGACUUGGCGCGGCUGGAGCACGUGAAAUAUGUCGCGGGCGGCGCCACGCAGAACUCCAUCCGGGUGGCCCAGUGGAUGUUGCAGGAACCCAAGAUGACGGCUUACAUGGGCUGCAUCGGAGAUGAUGCUUUUGGUCGGAGGUUGCAACAGGCAUGCGAGGAGGAUGGUGUAACGACCAGGUACCUCAUUGACAAAGAGACACCAACUGGAACCUGUGCAGUGACCAUCGUGGACAAAGAACGUUCUUUGACAACCCGACUGGGUGCAGCCAACAAAUACACAGUGAGCCACUUGAAGGAGCCAGAGAACUUCAAUAUAUUGAAGUCGGCGAAGAUAGUCUACAGUGCUGGCUUCUUCAUCACGGUGUCUCCAGAGUCCAUUGAGCUGGCAUCCAAGGUCACAGAGAUGAGCGGCAGCAUCUACUGCCUGAACCUCUCAGCGGCCUUCAUUGUGCAAGUGCCCAGCUUCCGCGCUGUCUUAGAGAAGGCCCUACCUCAGUGUGACAUCUUGUUUGGCAAUGAAACUGAGGCGAGAGCCUAUGCCGAAGCAGUUGGCUGGGAGACAAGCGACGUGGAGUUCAUUGCCACGCGCCUGUCCUUGGUGCCAAUGGCAGGCAAGAAAGACCCGCGCAAAGUGGUGAUCACGCAAGGUGCCGAACCAACCGUUGUGGCAAUCCGUGGUGUGGUGUCACGGUACCCGGUUGCACCCUUGGCGCUGGAGCAGAUCGUGGACACCAACGGUGCGGGAGAUGCCUUCGUGGGAGGCUUUUUGGCGGCGCUGGCCAAAAAGCAUUCCCUCCAGGGGUGUUGUCAGGCCGGCAGCUAUGCAGCAGCUACAGUGAUCCAACAGUCGGGGUGCACCUUUCCGGCGAAGCCUGAAUAUUGCCUGUAA